AUGGCAAGCCAACAACAUCAGACUACACCAGUCCCCAUUACAACGAACCGCCAUAUCAUAUCCACUGACCGACCACAUUCGUCCUCCACAAAUUCAACCUCUAACAAAACACUAAAGAUUAGUCUGGAGCCUCUCAAUGAUUCCGUGUAUUUUGCAACAAAAGUGCUGACGUUUGGCUCGGGGCAGGAAAUCCGCAUCGGCAGAGUCAGCGGAAGCAGAAAUCAACGAGAGGCCAGAACAGACAACGGCGUCUUCGUUUGCGAUGUUAUGAGUCGAGAACAUGCCCUACUGAAAGAAAUGAAUGGGAGGAUUUGUAUCAAAGAUCUCAGGAGCACCCACGGUACUUUUGUAAAUGGCGAACGCGUCCAACAAGAACCUAGAUAUUUAAAGCACGCCGAUAUUAUUACUUUUGGUCAUAGUGUCCGAAGGAAUCAGAAUCUCUAUAAGCAUCUUUCGGCGCGCGUAUUGUAUCCGCCUCAAGAAGGUAACCAGCAAAUAUUACCACCGCAGCAUCUUCAGGGGGUGAAAAGAGAUAACGCAAAUGGCAGUGAAAACAGCCAUGUAAAGACAAACGAAACAGAUCACAAUACCAAGCCAUCAAAACACGCAACCGACUCAAAAAGCGAUAAGGAGAGAACGACCAACAUAAAAUUGAAUGUAACAAGUGAUCGUGCUAAGGAAAAGAGCCCAGGACCGAGUGAAGUUCAUAAUAACUUGUUACAAAUACCAACUCUGUCUCCAGAGCGUGGUGACGGGAAAGAACCCGAGAAACCGAUUGAAGAAACCCGCAUCGAACAUGUGGAAGAUCGGAAAGACGGGCAUGACUUAGAAAGUGAACCACCAGCACCGCAGAAAAGUGACGUUGCUUUUGGUAAAAGCAGCGGAGGGACCAGCGAAGCAGCAGAAAAAUCAAAACAUGUGUCGACACCCAACCCAUAUGCAUCUAUACCAAUCCAGCCAUACCCUUCCUCUUAUCACACUACUUCUUCGCGUGCGGAAAACAUAUCUCAACAGAAAUCGCAAUUGACGUUAGAUGUAGACACAACGCUUGGCGUCUCAACAUCAGACACUAAAUCGUCCGCCUCCAAGACUACUUCUGCUGCCUCUUCGGUUAAAAACGCUCAGCCAAUCGCACAAAAUGACGAACAGCCAGUAAAGAAAAUCAAAAAGUCUACAAAAGGUAGAAGUCGCAGUGUGAAGGGAAAGAAAGAGGCUAAAGAAUUACCGACAAACAAGACGCACACUAGUGCAGCCGCCACAACUACGCCUGAAUCUCAGGACAAAAGUUCCGAACAGUCUCCAACACCACCAUCUCCAGAGCUGACGCCAGUCAACGCACAUAGCUCCGACUCGAAUUCUUUUCCUCCACCGGUUCUUACACCUGCAUCCAGUACUCUUAUUUCGAUGACUGUUCCCCCAAAAUCCACGUCGAAAUCCACACAAGCAUCUUCAUCUGGAAAACGUUCAUACAGCGAAACAGAACAAGAUGAUGUUCAGGUUCUUCAAAAUAAAUUAGAAGACGCACGUCGAAGGGUAAAAAGGGCAAAAGUCGGGGACUUUGGAUUGGCAAUAGUGAGUGCUGUAACUGCAUUUAUUGGCGCUGGUUUGGGAGUUACAUAUUUGGCGGGGCAGUGA